UUGUUUUUUGUCCGAAUGAAUUGGCCGAGCUUAUCUGUUUUUAUGUAUCUUUUGCUGCGAAGAAAAUCUAUGCGCAUGAUAUGUGUGUGAUUUGUGCGUGUUCUAGUGUGUGUAGUAGUUUUUUGAGUAAAAAGAAAUUGUUGACAUUAAUUUGUGUCUAGGUUCAAUGAACUUUCCCAGAAUCCGCAUCGCACCUGUUGCCUGAUCUUUCCACUUGCUAUUAUUAUAUGCAAAAAAUCGGCCAUUUUAGUAAACCCUAAUGAAACUUCUGAAACAUUUCCUGGAGGAGUUGUUAGUUUGUUUCAUAAGCAGAAACCAUUGUUCGAUUUCCGUAGACAUUGAGAUUUUGACUGUUCUUAACUGUGUUUUGAUACAAAAUUUUAUGCAUUUGAACUGGGAUUCUUCUGUUUGCAGUAAUUAACCGAUACAAUAACUAAUGGGGAGCGUCGAAGAAGGGAAGCUCAGAUUUUGCAUUGAUCGAGGCGGCACAUUUACUGAUGUCUAUGCCGAAAUUCCUGGCAAGUCCGAAGGCAGAGUAAUGAAGCUGCUAUCUGUUGACCCAACUAAUUAUGACGAUGCGCCAGUAGAGGGAAUUCGGAGGAUUUUGGAGGAAUUUACUGGGCAAAAGAUUCCUCGAAGUUCGAAAGUCCCCACAGAUAAGAUUGAAUGGGUAAGGAUGGGAACAACGGUGGCCACAAAUGCACUGUUAGAGAGAAAAGGCGAAAAAAUUGCACUCUGUGUGACUCGUGGCUUCAGGGAUCUGCUGCAGAUUGGUAACCAGGCCCGGCCAAAUAUCUUUGACCUCACUGUAUCAAAACCAUCAAAUCUUUACGAGGAGGUUGUGGAAAUUGAUGAGAGGGUAGAGCUGGUUCUUGACGAAGAGAACGCAAAGUCAGAUUCGUCUGCGUCGAUAGUACAGGGUAUUUCUGGGGAGUUUGUCAGAGUUGCGAAGCCGCUUAAUGAGGAAGAUCUAAAGCCUCUGCUUAAAAGUUUGUUGGAAAAAGGUAUUAGCUGCUUAGCAGUAGUAUUACUGCAUUCUUACACUUAUCCACAACAUGAAGUUUCAGUUGAGAAAUUGGCGAUCAGUUUGGGAUUCAAACACGUUUCUCUCUCAUCUGCUUUGACCCCCAUGGUUCGAGCUGUCCCUCGCGGUUUUACAGCAUGCGUUGACGCAUACCUUACUCCGGUUAUUAAAGAGUAUUUAAAAGGAUUUAUAUCCAAAUUUGAUGAAGGACUGGGUAAACUGAAUGUUCUGUUUAUGCAGUCUGAUGGGGGAUUGGCACCAGAAAGCAGAUUUUCCGGCCAUAAAGCUGUUUUAUCUGGUCCUGCAGGUGGAGUAGUUGGAUAUUCGCAGACACUUUUUGGUGUCGAGACGGAAAAGCCCCUUAUUGGUUUUGACAUGGGUGGCACCUCUACUGAUGUGAGCCGUUAUGCUGGCAGCUAUGAACACGUUAUAGAAACCCAAAUUUCCGGAGCAAUAAUUCAAGCACCUCAGCUCGAGAUUAACACGGUCGCUGCUGGAGGUGGAUCGAAGUUAAAGUUCCAAUUCGGAGCUUUCAGGGUGGGCCCGGAGUCAGUUGGUGCCCAUCCAGGACCUGUUUGUUAUCGGAAGGGAGGUGAACUGGCUGUUACCGAUGCGAAUCUUGUCCUAGGAUAUGUUAUUCCUGAUUAUUUCCCUUCAAUCUUCGGACCAAGCGAGGAUCAGCCUUUAGACAUCGGUGCCACUCGAGAUGAAUUUGAAAAACUCGCCAGACACAUCAAUUUAUACAGAAAAGAACAGGAUCCAACAGCAAAGGACAUGACUAUCGAGGAAAUUGCUCAGGGGUUCAUUAAUGUUGCGAACGAAACCAUGUGCCGUCCUAUUCGACAGUUGACUGAGAUGAAGGGUCAUGAAACAAAGAACCAUGCUCUUGCUUGCUUUGGAGGGGCUGGACCCCAGCAUGCCUGUGCUAUUGCCCGAUCAUUGGGAAUGAAAGAAGUGCUAAUUCAUAGGUUCUGUGGGAUUUUAAGUGCAUACGGUAUGGGUAUGGCAGAUGUUGUUGAGGAUGAACAGGAACCAUAUUCUGCUAUUUAUGGUCCUGAAUCUGUGUUGGAGGUUUCUAAUAGAGAAGCAACUCUGUUGAACCGCGUGAACGAGAAGCUGCAAUUGCAAGGUUUUAAAGAGGACAGUAUCACAACUGAGACAUACUUAAAUCUGAGAUACGAGGGAACAGACACUGCAAUUAUGGUGAAGAGCCCUAUGAACCAAGAUGGAUCUAGAGGAGAUUAUGCUAUUGAAUUUGUAAGAUUAUUUCAACAAGAAUAUGGAUUUGAACUUCAAAACAGGAAUAUCCUGAUAUGCGAUGUGAGAGUUCGUGGCAUUGGAGUCACUAACAUUCUUAAGCCCCGUGCUUUAGAUCCCGUUUUGGGGACACCAAAAAUUGAUGGUCGAUACAGGGUCUAUUUGGGGAAUGGCUGGCAUGAUACGCCUCUAUUUAAGCUGGAAGAUAUGGCGUGUGGGCAUGCCAUUUGUGGGCCCGCCGUAAUCAUGAAUGGUAACAGUACUGUAAUAAUAGAACCAAACUGUAAGGCCGUUGUUACAAAAUACGGCAACAUCAAGAUUGAGAUUGAGUCGAUCCAUAAAGUCGUUGAAGCAUCUAAAGAAGUUGCAGAUGUCGUACAGCUAUCGAUAUUCAAUCACAGGUUUAUGGGAAUCGCCGAACAGAUGGGGCGGACCCUACAGCGAACCUCGAUAUCGACGAAUAUUAAAGAAAGAUUGGAUUUCUCUUGUGCUCUAUUUGGCCCAGACAGUGGUCUAGUUGCAAAUGCUCCUCAUGUUCCUGUGCAUUUAGGAGCUAUGUCCAGCACAGUCAGGUGGCAGCUAGAUUAUUGGGGCGACAAUAUGAACGAAGGAGAUGUUUUGGUCACGAAUCACCCUUGUGCUGGGGGCAGUCACCUCCCAGAUAUAACUGUCGUUACGCCUGUUUUUGAUAACGGGAAACUGGUUUUCUUCGUUGCAAGUAGAGGGCAUCAUGCAGAAAUUGGAGGUAUUACACCUGGAAGUAUGCCACCAUUCUCGAAAUCAAUAUGGGAAGAAGGUGCUGCAAUAAAAGCUUUCAAGCUCGUCGAAAAGGGUAUCUUUCAAGAAGAAGGAAUCAGCAAACUUCUCCUAUUUCCAUCUUCAGACGACUCAGCCCAUAAUAUCCCCGGUACACGAAGGCUUCAAGAUAAUUUAUCCGAUUUACGUGCCCAAAUAGCUGCAAAUCAAAGAGGGAUUUCGCUUAUCAAGGAGCUUAUCGAGCAAUACGGUUUGGCGACUGUCCAGUCCUACAUGAACCACGUGCAGGUUAAUGCUGCUGGUGCAGUUCGAGAAAUGCUCAAGUCCGUCGCUGCUAAAAUUUCCUCUCUCUCCGCCAAAAAUGAAGGAGAUUCCGUAAUCAUCGAAGAAGAAGAUUUCAUGGACGAUGGGUCAGUCAUACAUUUGAAGCUCACGAUUGACCGAAAAAAAGGAGAAGCAUUUUUCGAUUUUUCGGGUACAAGUCCUGAAGUUUACGGAAACUGGAACGCACCGGAAGCAGUUACAGCUGCUGCUGUUAUUUACUGCCUCCGAUCUUUGGUGGACGUUGAUAUCCCUCUAAAUCAAGGGUGCUUAGCUCCCGUAAAGAUAUACAUUCCUCCAGGCUCUUUUCUCUCUCCGAGCGACAAGGCGGCAGUUGUAGGCGGCAAUGUUCUGACAUCACAGAGGAUAACCGAUGUUGUUCUUACAGCCUUUCAGGCUUGUGCUUGUUCGCAGGGUUGCAUGAAUAACUUAACAUUCGGGGACAACACUUUCGGGUACUAUGAAACUAUCGGAGGUGGGAGCGGGGCGGGGCCCACCUGGCACGGUGCUAGUGGGGUCCAGUGCCACAUGACGAAUACCCGUAUGACCGAUCCCGAGAUUUUCGAGCAGAGGUAUCCGGUUUUAUUACAUAGGUUUGGACUGAGGAAGCACAGUGGAGGUGGCGGAAUUCAUAGAGGGGGAGAUGGGAUUGUGAGGGAGAUAGAAUUUAGACGCCCUGUUGUUGUGAGUAUUCUCUCCGAGAGACGUGUGCAUGCGCCUAGGGGGUUGAAGGGAGGAAUCGACGGCGCACGAGGAGCUAAUUUCCUUAUCACGAAAGACGGGCGAAAAGUCAACCUCGGCGGGAAAAACACAGUGGAGGUGCAGGGUGGUGAAAUUCUUCAGAUUUUAACUCCAGGUGGUGGUGGGUGGGGUUCGCUUUCGGCUGCGAAUGAAGGGUAGAUGUUUUGCUCGGUGUACACACUUCACCGAAUUUAUAAGUAAGAAGUGGUAUUUGCGAAUAUCUGAAAAUGAACUAUAUCCGUUUCAAGUAAUAAAUUGUUUCUUUCUCAUAUGUUUUUUUCUUUGUCCGGGAUUGGUAUUCAAUGUAUGAAGUGCCUGUGUUCAUUCCAUUGAUUUGUAAUAAAAGGUCAUGACUUCCUUUAACUCUGAUGUUUUCAUGGAAGCUUUCGAUUGUUUUUGCAGAUAUUUUCUCAAGUUAUGGUCUCCAUUUAUUAAGGCCAAGGUUUGAAUGUGAGCUGCAACUCCUGAUUCGUGUGCGGUAAGAUUUUCGGGGCAAAGCGUCAUCGUCUUC